AUCAAGUGGACGAGGAGUUCGGCAAUUUAAAACUGCACUCCUUCAGCGUCUGGAGCGGGAAAAUGAAACAACAUUGGCUGGAAGGCAAAAGAGUGAUGCUCGUGAAAUGCAGAACUUUUAUCGACAUUACUAUACAAAAUACAUACAAGCCUUGAAUGAGGCUGACAAAGCUGAUCGUGACCAACUGACAAAAGUUUAUAAAACUGCCGCGAUCCUUUUUGAAGUUUUGAGGGCUGUGAAUCAAACAGAGGCUGUAGAUGUAGCUGAUGAGAUUUUGGAAGCUCACAACAAGGUUGAGGAGAAACAGCAGAUGUAUAAACCAUUUAACAUACUUCCUCUCGAUCCUGACAGUCAAAACCAGAUAAUCAUGAGAAUUCCUGAGAUUCAAGCUACUGUCUCUGCGCUUCGUAACACCCGGGGUUUGCCAUGGCCAAAGAACCACAAGAAGAAAGUAGAUGAAGACAUCCUUGAUUGGCUUCAAGCGAUGUUUGGUUUCCAGGAGGGCAACGUGGCAAAUCAAAGGGAACAUCUGAUUUUAUUGAUUGCAAAUGUUCAGAUGCGGCAGUAUUCAAAGCCUGAUCAGCGACCCAAGUUGGAUGACCGUGCUCUUACAGAAGUCAUGAAGAAGCUUUUUAAAAACUACAAAAAAUGGUGCAGGUAUCUGGACCGCAAAAGCAGCCUUUGGUUGCCAAAAAUUCAACAAGAAGUUCAGCAGAGAAAGUUACUGUAUAUGGGGUUGUAUCUUCUGAUCUGGGGAGAAGCUGCAAACUUGAGAUUCAUGCCCGAGUGCCUUUGCUACAUAUAUCAUCAUAUGGCAUUUGAAUUGUACGGCAUGCUGGCUGGAAGUGUGAGUCCAAUGACAGGAGAGCACGUCAAACCAGCUUAUGGUGGUGAAGAAGAGGCUUUCUUAAAGAAAGUUGUUACUCCGAUAUAUAAUAUAAUAGCUAAGGAAGCAAAAAAAAGCAAAGACGGUAAAUCAAAGCAUUCACAAUGGAGAAAUUAUGACGAUUUGAAUGAAUAUUUCUGGUCAAUUGAUUGCUUUCGCCUUGGUUGGCCUAUGCGAGCUGAUGCUAAUUUCUUUCAGUGUCCUUCAGAACCUGCUAGAGUUGACAAAGAUGAAGAAAAUAAACUAAAUACCAGAAAUCGAUGGAUGGGGAAAGUUAAUUUCGUGGAAAUACGGUCAUUUUGGCACAUUUUCAGAAGUUUUGACAGGAUGUGGAGUUUUUUUAUAUUGUGUUUUCAGGCAAUGGUAAUCAUUGCUUGGAAUGGUUCAGGGGAUUUGGAUUCAGUAUUCGAGGGCGACGUGUUUAAGAAAGUGUUGAGUAUCUUUAUAACAGCAGCAAUCUUGAAGUUUGCACAGGCUAUAAUUGAUUUUAUCCUUAGCUGGAAAGCAAGGAAGAGCAUGUCCUUCUAUGUCAAGUUAAGAUAUGUUCUUAAAGUUGCAUCAGCUGUGGCAUGGGUUAUAGUUUUAUCUGUAGCUUAUGCCUUCAGUUGGAAGAAUCCUUCUGGCUUCACACAGACAAUUAAAAGUUGGUUCGGGAAUAGUUUAAGUUCACCUUCCUUUUUCAUUGUGGCUAUCGUUAUUUACUUAUCUCCAAACAUGCUUUCUGGGCUAUUGUUCAUUUUUCCAACAAUUCGGCGUUUCCUGGAACGUUCAAACAAUAAGCUUGUGAUGCUCAUGAUGUGGUGGUCUCAGCCUCGGCUUUAUGUAGGAAGGGGAAUGCACGAGAGCUCACUUUCACUCUUGCAGUACACCAUCUUCUGGGUUCUUCUGAUUAUAUCAAAGUUAGCAUUCAGUUUCUAUUUAGAGAUUAAGCCACUUGUGGGUCCAACAAAAACCAUAAUGCGAGUUCGGAUUGGAAAAUAUCAAUGGCAUGAAUUCUUCCCUAGAGCUGAGAAUAACAUCGGUGUCGUGAUCUCAAUUUGGGCUCCCAUUGUUCUCGUUUACUUCAUGGAUGUGCAGAUUUGGUAUGCCAUUUUCUCCACAAUAUUUGGGGGUGUUUAUGGUGCAUUUCGUCGCCUUGGAGAGAUACGAACAUUGGGAAUGUUGAGGUCUCGCUUUCAAACACUUCCUGGUGCUUUUAAUGCCUGCUUGAUGCCUAUGGAAAAGAAGGAGCAUACUAGAAAGAAGGGGUUGAUGGCCACUUUAGGUCGAAAAUUUGAUGAGAUAACGCCUGAUAGAGAUGAUCAGGCUGCGAAGUUUGCUCAAAUGUGGAAUGAAAUAAUUAGUAGUUUCAGGGAGGAGGAUCUUAUAAAUAACAGGGAAAUGAACCUAUUGCUUGUGCCCAACUGGAUUGACCCUGAUUUAGGCCUUAUCCAGUGGCCUCCCUUUUUGCUUGCUAGCAAGAUACCAAUAGCGUUGGAUAUGGCUAAAGAUAGCAAUGGAAGAGACAGAGAGCUCAGGAAGAGACUGAAUACAGACAAUUAUAUGCUUUGUGCUGUUAAAGAGUGUUACGCAUCCUUUAAAAAUAUAAUUAAUUUCUUGGUUCUCGGGGAACAUGAGAAGACGGUAAUGGAGGAAAUCUUCGCCAUAAUUGAUGAACAUAUUAAAAAAGAUGAUCUGAUAACUGCACUAGAUAUGAGUGCUCUCCCUAUUCUAUGUGGACAAUUUAUAAAGCUGAUUGAAUAUAUGUUAGCAAAUAAAAAGGAGGACAAGGAUCAGGUUGUAAUUGUCUUGCUGGAUAUGCUAGAGGUUGUGACAAGGGAUAUAAUAGAUGAUGAGAUUCACAGUUUGGUUGAGUCAAAUCAUGGUGGAUCCUUUGGAAAAGAUGGGAGAACGACUCCCCUCGAUCGGCUUUUUGACCAACUGAAAUUUCCAAUUCCAGAAACUGAAGCUUGGAAAGAAAAAAUUAGAAGACUUCAUUUAUUGCUUACUGUUAAGGAAUCAGCUAUGGAUGUGCCAUCGAAUUUGGAAGCCAGGAGGCGUAUUUCUUUCUUCUCCAAUUCUUUGUUCAUGGAGAUGCCCCCUGCUCCAAAAGUUCAAAAUAUGCUGUCGUUCUCUAUUCUUACACCCUACUACUCUGAAGAUGUUCUCUUCUCUAUAAAUCUUCUGGAGUUGCCAAAUGAAGAUGGAGUGUCUAUUCUUUUCUACUUGCAAAAGAUAUUUCCAGAUGAAUGGACAAACUUUCUUGAGCGAGUCCAGUGCAUUAGUGAAGAUGAGUUGAGAAGUAAUAAUUAUUGAAAGGCUACAAGAACGCUGUGGAUAGCCCUUUGUGGGCACAAUGUCAAGCAGCAGUUGACAUGAAAUUCUCAUAUGUUGUCUCCUGCCAGCAAUACGGUAUUCACAAACGUUCUGGUGAUGCCCGUGCCAAAGACAUUCUGAAGCUUAUGACUAAGUACCCAUCACUUCGUGUUGCAUAUAUUGAAGAACUUGAAGAACCAAGUAAAGAUAAAUCACAGAAGACUAAUCUGAAGUCUUACUAUUCAGUUCUAGCAAGGGCAGCUUUACCAACAAAAUCAAUAGAUUCCAUUGAGCCAGCUCAGAGUUUAGACCAGACCAUAUAUCGGGUAAAACUUCCUGGGCCAGCAAUAUUGGGUGAGGGAAAGCCAGAAAAUCAAAACCAUGCAAUUAUUUUCACCCGUGGGGAAUGCUUGCAAACAAUUGACAUGAACCAGGAUAAUUACAUGGAAGAGGCCUUCAAAAUGAGAAACUUGCUGGAAGAGUUUCUUACAAUGCAUGAUGGUGUAAGAUAUCCUACGAUUCUUGGACUUAGAGAGCAUAUAUUCACUGGCAGUGUUUCAUCUCUUGCUUGGUUUAUGUCAAAUCAAGAAAACAGUUUUGUAACCAUCGGGCAGAGAUUGUUGGCAAACCCUUUGAAAGUUCGAUUCCAUUAUGGCCAUCCAGAUGUUUUUGAUAGACUGUUUCACCUUACUAGAGGGGGUGUUAGUAAAGCUUCCAAAGUCAUCAACCUGAGCGAGGACAUAUUUGCAGGUUUCAACUCCACCUUACGUGAAGGUAAUGUUACUCACCAUGAAUAUAUACAAGUCGGUAAAGGAAGGGAUGUUGGCCUUAACCAGAUCUCCAUGUUUGAGGCUAAGAUAGCCAAUGGUAAUGGUGAACAGACGUUAAGCCGUGACAUAUACAGGCUCGGUCACCGGUUUGAUUUCUUUCGCAUGCUGUCCUGUUAUUUCACAACCGUUGGUUUCUAUUUCAGUACUAUGCUAACAGUGCUCACAGUCUAUAUCUUUCUCUACGGCCGCCUUUACCUUGUUCUCAGUGGCCUUGAAAAAGCUUUGAGUACUCAUCCUGCCAUCAAAGACAAUAAGUCCCUUCAAACAGCUCUUAUUUCUCAGUCCGCUGUGCAGAUUGGACUUCUUAUGGCAUUGCCUAUGGUGGUUGAAAUUGGAUUGGAAAGGGGCUUUCGGGCUGCUUUAAGUGAUUUCAUACUAAUGCAGUUGCAGCUUGCCCCUGUGUUUUUCACAUUCUCCUUGGGAACCAAGACUCAUUACUAUGGAAGGACAUUGCUUCACGGGGGUGCACAGUACAGAGGUACCGGUCGUCGCUUUGUGGUGUUCCACGCCAAAUUUGCUGACAACUACAGGCUGUAUUCUCGUAGUCAUUUUGUCAAAGGAAUUGAAUUGAUGAUUCUUCUUCUCGUUUACCAUAUACUCGGUGUUUCAUAUAGAGGUGCGGUCGUCCAUAUCUUGAUCACCGUAUCGAUAUGGUUUAUGAUAGGAACGUGGCUCUUUGCACCUUUCCUCUUCAAUCCAUCAGGGUUUGAGUGGCAAAAGAUAGUUGAUGACUGGACAGAUUGGAAGAAGUGGAUAGUUAACCGUGGAGGAAUCGGAGUAGCUCCUGAUAAAAGUUGGGAGUCUUGGUGGGAAAAGGAACAAGAGCAUCUACAUCACUCAGGAAAGCGUGGAAUCUUCACUGAGAUACUACUGUCAUUACGAUUUUUCAUUUUCCAGUAUGGACUAGUAUAUCACUUGGAAAUAAUCAACUCCCAAAGUUUUCUGGUUUAUGGCCUUUCCUGGGUUGUGAUCAUUUCAAUAUUGCUCCUGAUGAAGGCUGUAUCCGUCGGAAGGCGUCGGUUCAGUGCGAGUUUUCAGUUGUUAUUUCGGCUGGCUGAGGGUUUUGUUUUCAUAAUCUGUUUAGCUGGUUUCAUUACUUUAGUUGCAGUCCCUCAUAUGACAAUCAGGGACAUCAUACUUUGCAUCCUUGCCUUCUUGCCAACAGGAUGGGGCCUGCUCUUGAUUGCACAAGCUUGUAAGCCCCUCAUCCAUCAUACUGGCUUAUGGGGAUCGGUUCGCGCACUUGCUCGGAGUUACGAAAUUCUCAUGGGCUUGCUCCUGUUCACACCUGUAGCAUUCCUGGCCUGGUUCCCAUUCGUUUCGGAGUUCCAGACGCGAAUGCUGUUCAACCAAGCAUUCAGCAGAGGUCUGCAAAUUUCUCGAAUUCUCGGGGGGCCUAGGAAGAAGGAAAAGAGCUCCUCCAAUGACAAAGAGUAAAUAUUCACAAACAAUACAAGAAAAGAGCUCCUCCCUGAACUGUAGAUAUCUCCUAAAUAUUUAUUGCUGUAAAUACUGGAAUAUGCUCUCUGUAUUUAUGGUUACCUGUGGCUCAUUGAGAUGAUUUUAGACUGAAGAUAGUGUAGGGUGGAAAAAUGGUGGUAAUCAUUUGUAAAAAUUACCAGUUACCAUCUGUUAUUAAAGUUAUUAUCUGUAGAUUACAGAGAAUACCUUAUGGAGAUAUGUGAUUUGAAUUUGGUUGUGAAUUAA